GGUGAGUCUCCAUCCCUCCCCAAGCAGAACCGCUAAUUGUCUCCGAGCUUGUCGCGUCUCUGGGAAUCUUUACGUGUAAUUAGACGUUUAACCGAAAUCACUCGUCCUCGUUCGGUUCACUCUGAGUGUAUCUUAUUGUUCCUCCACUUGAGCGGUCUUCAGCCGGCCUCUUUUAAUCGGAUCCCGUCUGUAACACACAGGCCUCCCCAUUCAUUUAGCAAUCGAGUCACACUCAUCUGAGUCCACCGAAAGGAACACGUUGUCUCUCAGGAGUUUCAUUUUCCUGAACGGAUUUUACAGGCAUCCUGUCACAUCGUCCCCAGCAUGAAACAGUCCUCCUCCAGAACUGAGAUGAGUCGCCUCAACAUCUCCCCCGAAGAUGACAGCAGCAGCGUCAACAGCACCGAGUACACGGACUGUCCCCAGAAGGUCCCUCUGGGCGGCCAAUGUUCUGACACAGAAGCAGAGAGUCAAAACUUCCUUCCUGAACACAACCUGGGCAAGAAGAAGUAUGACACUGAAUACCACCAGGGCAACGCGUCCUUUGGCAUGUCUGUCUUCAACCUGGGCAACGCCAUCAUGGGCAGCGGCAUCCUGGCUCUGUCCUACGCCAUGGCCAACACUGGCAUCGCCCUUUUUGUGAUUCUCCUCGUGUCCGUCGCCAUCUUCUCAUUGUAUUCUGUCCACUUGCUGCUGAAGACGGCAGAAGGAGGGGCGCUGGUGUACGAGCAGCUGGGUUACAAAGCCUUCGGGAUGCCGGGAAAGCUCGCCGCUUCAUGCUCCAUCACCAUGCAGAACAUCGGAGGUGAGAGACGGUGGUGCUUUAGCAGCAGAGACAGCUUUCUUUUUUUUUAGAAGUGUAACUAUAAUUGAACAACUCGGCUGAAUUUGUCCACCUGGUGUUUAUUCCCCCAUCCGGGACAAAAAACUGUCGCUCAUGCUUCUGUUGUGUUGGCCUGCUCUCCCUCAGGUUACCUCGGUUACACUAGUGGUCUGUCUCUGCUCUGCAUGGUCUUCUUUCUGAUUGUGGUGAUCAUCAAGAAGUUCCAGCUUCCGUGCCCGCUCGACGACGACGGCACUGUGAACAAAACCAUAAGCAAAGUGCUGAACGCCACCGUGUCCCACCGGAACACCAGCGCCGUGGACUACAGCGAGGACUCUUGCACGCCGAAAUACUUUGUCUUCAACUCUCAGACUGUCUACGCCGUUCCCAUCCUGACCUUCGCCUUUGUGUGCCACCCCGCCAUCCUGCCCAUGUACGAGGAGCUCAAAGACCGGUCUCGCCAAAAGAUGCAGGGCGUUGCUAAUGUGUCCUUCCUGGCCAUGUUCAUCAUGUACCUCCUGGCUGCCCUCUUUGGAUAUCUGACCUUCAACGUGCACGUGGAGCCCGAGCUGCUGCACACCUACUCCAAGGUUUACGAGUCCGACGUGCUCCUGCUGAUCGUCCGGCUGGCCGUGCUGACCGCCGUCACCCUCACCGUCCCCGUGGUGCUGUUCCCGAUCCGCACCUCGGUCAACCACCUGCUGUGCGCCUAGGAUUUCAGCUGGAUCCGCCACACCAUCAUCACUGUAGUCCUGUUGGGCUUCACCAACGCCUUGGUCAUCUUCGUCCCCACCAUCAGGGACAUCUUUGGGUUCAUCGGCGCCUCCGCCGCUGCCAUGCUCAUCUUCAUCCUGCCCUCGGCUUUCUACAUCAAACUGGUCAAGAAGGAGUCCAUGAAGUCUGUCCAAAAGAUCGGGGCCACCGCCUUCCUGCUGUUGGGCUUCUUUGUGAUGAUCGGCAGCAUGACCCUCAUCGUCCUGGACUGGAUCCACAACGCCUCAGCCAGCCCGGACGCGCACGCCGACGGACCCUAAGGGCGCCGCUAUGAGCGCGCGACCAACGGAGAUCAAACCCGUCGUUAAAGAAAAUCAAAACACAAGAACUCACUUGAUGCUCUGCUUUGACUUGCUGAGCGACAAACCAUGCCAUUCCAAGAGAAUGUAUCGAACUUUGUACAGUACGCUGUUAUAGGCCACAAAGAUGGUGUUUCACUUGUUUUACUUCUCUUUUUAUUGUAGGUUUUUUUCAUUGUUGCUUUCGCUCCUAUUUUUGUUUUGUAGUUAUGUGACAGCUGAAAACAAAUAUUUGAAGAUGCCUCAAAGCAGAGACGGCGUUCGUAGAGUUCAAAACGCAGCUGACACUCAGGUACGGCGUGUGGGCGUGGCUGUGACCUCGGAGCUCGGCAACAGCCAAUCCGGUUGUGAACCUCGCGAGUUCACCUCAAGAUUGGCGAGGCAACUUGAAAGUUCAUCGUCCUCAAGGGCGAUUCAGUUCCUUCCAGUAGUUGUGUGUUUUUACUUUUUUUUUUUUUUUUUUCUCUUUGCCAAAAAUGUAUUUGUUUAGCAUCGUUGUAAAUUGAAAAGCACUUACUGUUCAGCACAUGUCAAUGCGAGGCCCAUUACUCUGCCUUUUGAGUAUUCGUACCACGGCUCUGUGACCUUGCUUAGUGUCAGCGCUCCAUGCAAACCCCGAUACGAGUGCACAGAGCCUGCCUUUUCCAACCCGACACUGGGAGCUGUAGAGUUUCUCAUUAGAGGACUCUCACUAAACUGUAUUUUUUUUUAAAAACUGCUGAGGAUCUUGUUGGCUUGUUGGCUUCAGUGACGAAACUACUGCUUCGAGACCUGGAGGCCACUCGACCGCCAGGGAAACUUUAUUUUUUUUUGUCUUUACGGGAGACUACCUUGAAUUUGACCACAUACAGUGGUUGUAACGUACCUGUUAAACUUGCGAGAAAAAAGAAAGAAGAAAAAAGUAAUAGGUCGGAUCUCCUCUUACACACCGACCAGCAGACAGUCAAACUAUUUGGAGUGUUUUUGUGUAGUGUUCUGCUUUUGAAAUGUUUCACAAAGGAGAACUUGGUGAGCCGACGCAGACUCGUCACCUGACAGUGCACUGUGCUUCCAACACUAACUCAACACAUCACCAAACUGUUAUUGUCCAACAUCUAUUUAUGGAAGACCAUGAAAUCAAUGUAAUUUAAUCUAUUUUACUAUAUUUAUAAAAUAUCGUAUGUAUAUAUAAAUGUAUAUAUAUAUAUAUAUAUAUCUCUUGAGUUUAACUGUACAUAUGCUUUGUUUGAAUUUUUUUUUUUUUGUAAUAAUGCAUUGGAGCUGUAAAACAAACGCUAAAUAAUCCCCAAGCUGGUGAAUUUGUGAUAUUGAAUUGGCUCCAAAGCUCUGGGGCUUCCGCCGUUCAUCUCGGAUAAGACCGACUGAAUUAUCCUAUUGUGUUGAUUCUGUGAAAACUGUUACGUGUAGAAGUCACUAAUUCAGCAGAAGCAGUCUUAUUCCCGUCGGGGCCCUUGAACAAGAAAUGUCAGCAAAAUGUUCUUGAUGCACAUCUUGGUUGGAGAGUACGUCAGCCAUCGCUUGACCUCAGGAGCAAAGAGGGCUGUGCCCACCAGUGUUACAGUCUUGUUUCAAUGAAACAUUAUGUACAUCAUGUGAAUAAUGUCCAAUUAAAAUAGAAACUGAUAAACUAA